UGCCCACAAAGCGCCAGCUGAGGGGCCGCUGCGGGCGGAGCGCUGCUGAGUCUGCCCGCCACCCGAGCUCCAGCGGUCGGCCGCCCCGCCCCUCUGCCGCGUCCCUGCGACCGGAGCAGCCGGGUCCGACGGCCGUGCGAGAGCCCUGGGGGAAGGCAGGGCCAGGCGGGCGCUUUCGCUGAGAGGCCGGGGGACGGCCUGCGUGGGGUGGCGCGGCGGCAACUCCGGCCCGGGCCGGAGAGCUCAGGACCAUGGCCGAGGCGGCCCCGGCUCCGACUUCCGAAUGGGACUCCGAAUGCCUCACGUCCCUGCAGGCUCUGCCUCUUCCCACAGCCCCGGCGGCAAACGAAGCGCACCUGCAGACAGCAGCCAUCUCCCUGUGGACCGUGGUGGCAGCCGUGCAGGCUAUAGAGAGAAAGGUGGAGGUCCAUAGCCGGCGACUCCUGCACCUGGAAGGACGGACAGGGACCGCAGAGAAGAAGCUGGCUAGCUGUGAAAAGACAGUGGCGGAUCUGGGGAACCAGCUGGAGGGCAAGUGGGCGGUGCUGGGGACCCUGCUGCAGGAGUACGGGCUGCUGCAGAGGCGCCUGGAGAACUUGGAGAACCUGCUGAGGAACCGGAACUUCUGGAUCCUGCGGCUGCCCCCGGGUAUUAAAGGAGAUAUCCCAAAGGUGCCUGUGACAUUUGAUGACAUCUCCAUCUACUUCUCCACCCCAGAGUGGGAAAAAUUAGAAGAAUGGCAAAAAGAACUUUACAAGAAUAUCAUGAAGGGCAACUACGAGUCUCUCAUCUCCAUGGAUUAUGCCAUGAAUCAACCUGAUGUCUUAUCUCAGAUCCAGCCAGAAGGAGGCCAGACAGAGGACCAGGCAGGGCCAGAGGAAAGUGAGAUUCCCACAGAUCCCAGUGAAGAGCCCAGCAUUUCAACAUCGGAUAUUCUGUCUUGGAUUAAACAAGAGGAAGAGACCCAGGUUGGUGCCCCACAGGAGCCCAAGGAGAGUGAUAUGUGCAAGGGCACCUAUGCUGAUGAGGAGCUUGUCAUCAAAGCUGAGGGCCUUGCCACAGCGUCCUUGUGCCCCGAAGUUCCUGUCCCCUUCUCUUCUCCGCCAGCAGCAGCGGCUAAGGAUCCCUUUCCAGAUGUGGCUUUCAAAAGCCAGCAGCCGGCGCCCAUGACACCCUUUGGACGUCCAGCCACUGACCUGGCCGAAGCCUCAGAGGGACAGGUGACUUUCACGCAGCUGGGCAGCUACCCCCUCCCACCCCCUGCCGGGGAACAGGUGUUCUCCUGCCACCACUGCGGCAAGAACCUCAGCCAGGAUACGCUGCUGAGCCACGAGUGCGGCCCCCCGGCUGAGCCCCCGGGGCCCUGCGCCCAGUGCCCUAAGCACCUGCCCCAGCAGUCCCCUGCCGGCGAGACGCCCCCCACCUGCCCGCACUGCGCCCGGACUUUUACGCACCCGUCGAGACUCACCUACCACCUGCGGGUCCACAACAGCGCUGAGCGCCCCUUCCCCUGCCCUGACUGUCCCAAGCGCUUCGCUGACCAGGCGCGCCUGGCUAGCCACCGGCGGGCACACGCCAGCGAACGGCCCUUCCGCUGCUCGCAGUGUGGCCGGAGCUUCAGCCUGAAGCUUAGCCUGCUGCUCCACCAGCGGGGUCACGCACAGGAGCGGCCCUUCUCCUGCCCGCAAUGUGGCAUCGACUUCAAUGGCCACUCGGCCCUGAUCCGCCACCAGAUGAUCCACACAGGUGAGCGGCCCUACCCGUGCCCGGACUGCAGCAAGAGCUUCAUGCGCAAGGAGCACCUGCUCAACCAUCGGCGGCUGCACACCGGCGAGCGGCCCUUUAGCUGCGCACACUGCGGCAAGAGCUUCAUCCGAAAGCACCACCUAAUGAAGCACCAGCGCAUCCAUACGGGCGAGCGGCCCUACCCCUGCGCUUCCUGUGGCCGCAGCUUCCGCUACAAGCAGACGCUCAAGGACCACCUGCGCUCAGGCCACGGUGGAACCUGCGGGGGUAAUAGCGACCCCUCGGGACAGCCACCGGACCCCCCGGGGCCCCUCCUAACUGGGCUGGACACCUCCGGCCUGGGGGUUAGCACUGAAGGUCUAGAGGCCAAUCAGUGGUAUGGGGAAGGGAGUGGAGGCGGAGUUUUGUAAAUCCGGCAGGAGGAAAGCCCUGGAGCCCCUCCACCCCUGCAGUAGUGACUGCCUGGCCCAUCGAUGGAUGUGGGGUCCUGUACGCUUGACUGGAAACAUAUUCGUGUUUGGAACUUCACAAGAGCACCACGUUUGAAACCCAGGAAGACCUGGAAAAAAGCUCAGCUUUCCCAUCUUUUCAAAAUUAUUACCUAAGCAGAAGUUAUCAGAAUGUUGCAGAGAGGUUGGAAAGCAAGGUUUGUCCUCAGGUGAUCCAUCACAAACAGGGUAAUAGGUCGAUAAUGGUUGAGCUCCAGGUAGAAUCAGGUGCUUGGAAGAGCCUCCAAGGAUUGAAGCCCACGGUGAGGCAGAGAACAUUUAACUGAGCCUUUCAUUACUUCCUCCAUGGUAAGGUGGUGGCUGGAAGAAAGUGCUCGAGCCUGCGCCCCAGCUCCUGCUCCUCCCAGUCAGCAACUACAGUCUGCUAGGUACUGCCUCUCCAGAAAUGAGGACUCAGGACUGCCUUCCAAGCUCUCCUAGAUCUGUUCUAAUGAUUGUGUUUAAGAUUGAGUGAGCAAGAAAUCUGACUUUAAAGGCUUCUUAAGGAGAACAGUUCUUUCACUGGCUUGGUUGGAAGCAUUCAGGCUUUUACUGGCAUUUAAACUGCUGGAAAUCAUUUUGGCCUCCUGGUUAAAAAUUGGGAGCACUGUUCUCAGCCCCAGCUUUAAAAGCUAGAGAUCCCAGAGAAAUGACAGAGCAGCCUAGAAUUUGUGCCUGAACUAUGUUUCUUGUAUCAACUUAUGUCAGACUCUUUUCUUUUCCAAGCUAGUAAGCUGGCUUUUCCAUUUCUGGUGUCUGAUAUUCUGACAAUCAUCAGCAGAAAAGGUCACGGCACUUUCCAGAAGCUUUACAGGGUUUCAGAAAGUGCCAGUAACUCUCAGCUUUUAUUUCCUCUGUAGCAAGAUGACAGUUACAAUGCAGCUUUCUUGAGCUGAUAGAGUGUUUGCCCCCUGGCGAUGGACAAUUUGAGGGGCUUCUGGGACCCCUGAGAGUGCAGAGGAGGACAGCCUCUUCCUGCUGGCCUUGCUCCUGGGGACUUUGACCACCGCAUGUCCUUCUGUCAGGGUCAGUCAGUUACCUGGGAGCAUCUGAGCCUGGUCCCACUCCUAAGUGGCUUUGCACUGGGGCCGCAUCUCCCUUUACAGAUCUCAGAUUUUCCUCUGCAAAAUGAGGCUGGUGAAAGGAAAAAAGGUGAACUCUUAGAAUUAAAAAAAAAAAUCUUGUGAUGCAUUCCUCUCCUGCCAAAAAUUCUAUCUCUGUCUCUAGCUUUUAUCCAGGCAAAGCCAAGUAAGAUAGCAAAAUCAAAGCAGAGACAUUCCUGCUGAAAUGUGACUGAAAUCCAUUUGAUCUGUUGUUUCAUUCUUGCUUGGAGACUGUGGUAGAAGACAGGGAAUGCAGAAGCCCUAAGUCUUGGGCAGAAGAGUUGUUUGUUCUGUGCCCUCUUCUUUCCCCUGAAUCUCCUGAGAUGGCUGUGAUAAGGCCUGCGAGUGUUUAGACAUGAUCUUGAUGAAAUGAUAAGGGAAGGACCCACUCUCCACCCCAUCACCCAGCCCAAACGUCACCCUGCCUAGUUCUGUGUAACCACACUAUGAAAAAGUGUUACCCCAGCUAGCUUUGCUCCUGGGAAGCCUCUGUCUGAACAUGCUGCUGUUUAGGAUAAUUGCAUUUAUAAAAUAUCUGCUCUGUGAUAUUCACAACCCCAGGGAUCAUGGGAGUCCUAAGAAACGUGCAUGUGAUCUAGUCUACUGUCAACUUUGUAACCUAUUGUCAGUCUGAAGGUAAAGGUAUAGAACAGACCAAGAGAGGUGACAAACAGAACCCUGGCACAUGGGGGUUAAGAGUUUUCUAUAGGAUUUGGAGCCAAACCAUGGGAAAUUGGGGUACCGGGGGUCCCAAGCCCAGGAUUCUAGCUUCACUGGUGACCCACUAGGAACUUGAGUGUGAAGUCAGCUUUGGUUUGUAUCUUGAUCUACCUAAUGAAAAUGGGGGGAGAAUCAAAGCAGUGUCUUUGUGGUGUCUUCAGAGUUUGUUUAAGAUUCAAAAGUGGGUAAAAUAGAGCAGUGGAAAGAAUAAGUCCAACAGAAGGGUUCCAGUGUGUGGAGAAAACGGGUCCAUCAAGGCUCCUGGGGUAUUUAACAGUACCUGAGGAUUGGUCAUCAUGACCAGACCCAUUAGGGAAGAGGAAAACCUUGAAUGUGCUCUUCAUCAGUGUGCCCUCUGGGCUAAUGGGUCUGUCCUAUCACACGUAAAUAGGCACCGUCUCCUUGGAGCGGCUCCAGCUGUUGACAGUAACCAGCUUCACUCUCUUCUUACUAGAUUUUUUGAUGUCACUGUAAGAUGAACCUCUGGUUCAGCCACAGAGGUGAACAUACUUGGAGUUGACUCUCUAGAAAGUGAAAGAAAAUGACUCAUCUUUUCUGUUGGAUAUUUGUUAUUGGGACACCAUAGCUGGGCUUUAGUUACCUUACUUCAUUUCCUAGCAGUGGUUAACAUAACUUACCUCAUUGUUAAUAAGAGUCUGCAGCGUUCCUGUUGGGGGACUCUGCUGGCCUUCUUUUUGGAGCAUUUUAAAAUAUUUGGGUGUCCAUGCCUAUCUUAACCAGGACUAGACUCUAUGGCUUAUUAGGGAGUAAAAACUGUUCAUUGCUUCAAUCAGCAAAAGUGUUGUUGGUUAAAAAAAAAAAAAAAAUGAAGGACCCAAGUUCCUUUAUCUCUUUAUUUCAAAUGGGAUGGAGACUCUAAAUUUUUGCUCAGACUUCCUCUUGAGGAAGGGCAGGACACUGUUCCACCCCCACAUCCCAUAGUGUCGCUUCUGAGACAACGAAAAGCAUCCUCCUCAGCUGCCUGAGGGCUGCUCAGAAGCCACGAGGAAAAGCGGGUCUCCCUCAAGCUUCUCACAGACCAGGAGCUCUGUUACCUCCAAGAGCUAUGUUCUUUCUGUGCUCAGUGGAUACCUUUGACCCUGUCCUCCACUCUACAAAGGAAGCAGUCUUCUCAGAGUUUUACAUGGAGGAUGUCCUUUGACUUGGGAAGUGUCAGGCUCUUUCAAGCAAAAUCCUCACGUUAGGUUCCACUGGUAGGAGAUGGGUACUGAGUGCUCAGGCCUUAUAAGGACAUGUCAUGUGGAUUAGCAUAGCCUAGUGGUUUAGUGCAUGGCCUCUGAGACCUAGAUUCAAGUCCUGACAUCAUAAGAAGUAACAUAACUUACAUUAUUUAACCAUCAUGGGCCUAGUUUCCAUAUCUAUAAAAUAAAAUGAUACUGAUCUCAGAGAUGUCAGGGUUUAGGGGAGCCUGUGAGUGAGCUUGGCACACGGAGGUUUCAGGGUGGCCGCCAUCGGGAAAGGUGUAGGACAAACCAGAGAGGGGAAAGUGUGGAGAACUGAGGCUGCGCUGCAGAAGCUCGUGGUUGCUCAGUGGCUUAGCUUUUGCCUACUAUUUUUGCUUCCAUUGCUGUUCUUUUACUCUAUCUUGUCUGUAUCUUCUGGCUCCCAAAGUUUCUGAGUGCCAUGACACCAUGUGUCUCUGAUUCUCUUGACUUUUCUUUAGAUUCUAGAGUGUGGGAUCUGGUCCAGCUUCUCUUUCUAUACCAGGCUGUAGAAGUUUCCAGCCCACCCUUGGACUGGCUGCCCUUGGGUGACAGGCUCAUCUUGGUUCUGAAAGCUGCAGUCAGGAAGGAAGGUCCUAGGAGCCCUGCGCAGGAGCUGCGGGCCUGGUAGACUCACUUGAGAAUGGCCAAAUGGCGGCACAGUGUGGCGUUUCCAUUACUGCCAGGAGAAGAAGAAUCUGUUUCUCCUGGGUCUGGGUUCCUUGAGAGACUUCUGCUUCAUCGGCUCUGUUGUAGGCCAGAGCUCAUGGUCUCUUGCGUAAAGGGCCUGGAAGGUGCUGUUUCUGUAUCUUGCAAAAGGAAGUUGUUACUUUUUUGGGUGUCAUUCCUUCUUUCUCGCCCUGCUCCGCAGUUCUUUUUAAAUAUGUAACUCUGGCCAUAAUCCUAUACACAUAUACACAGUGACGCUUGUCAACUUGGUCAAAUUGCCUCUUCAAAGCAAUUAUUUCACCCUUUAGGACCCACCAUCCACUAAAGAAUGCAGAGAGAUGCAGUCAAAUCAGAGAGGCCUCAAAGCACUGUGCUGCAAUGCUCUUAAGAUUGCCAGGUUACAUUUCAAAUAAAAUAGCUGGUAAAACCUCA